CAAUUGGGCGUCGUGGCGGAUCGAGAGAGCUUUCUUAGGACUCAGCUGCACAGCCACGCCUUACAUCUCAUCCGGUACACACCAUGUCCACAGAUCUGCCAUACGCGGCCGACGCUGAAGUCUCUCUAUCCUACGAUGAGCUCGAGGUCCUCAAGCUACAAUACGAGAAGGAACUAACACAAGCCCAUGUUACCGUACAGACGAAAUUCAACUAUGCUUGGGGACUGGUGAAGAGCCCAAUGCGAGAACACCAGGUGGAAGGCGUCCGACUGCUGCAAGACCUGUACCGCGCGGAACCUACACGGCGCAGGGAAUGCCUAUACUACCUCGCCCUUGGCCACUACAAGAUGGGAAACUUUGAUGAAGCUCGCAGGUUCAACGGUCUGCUAUUAGAGAAAGAGCCUACAAAUAUGCAGGCUCUCAGCCUUUCCCAGCUCAUCGAGAAGGGCGUCGCUCGCGAGGGCUACAUCGGAAUGGCGCUCGUUGGUGGCGCUGCAGCUGUCGGAACAAUUCUCCUGGCAGGUCUCAUACGGCGAGCAGCACGCAAAUAACUGCUCCGUAUUCUGGUUGCUAACGCACUCCGCCCUCUUUCCCUACAUGCUACACCGUUUUAUAAUGUUCCUG